UUGAUUACUGUCAGUUUCACACCAACUCUGCAAGGGGGACUGGAUUACUCCCUACAUCCCACACAGCUGCCUUGUUAAUGUGCUCAAUCUAAGUUUAGGUUAACUGUCAUAGAAAACAUUAUGUGCUGUAUUCAACUAAGUCUUACUCAUAGUAGACCCACUGAAAUUAAUGAACCUGUUAGUCAUCCCUAUUAACUUCAGUGGGUUUACUCACUGAAUACCCUCCAGUAUAUAAUAUAAAUACAUUAAGGAAAAAUUAACAUCAGAUACCCAGCCUGGCAAAAGCAGUUGUGCCAGUGCAGGAUCUGAAGGGUGGCAAAAAAAAAUUUGCUCUUUACAGCAAUGUGCCUGUUUCACAGAUGGAAAAGACUGAGGUUGGGUGCUUGGGGGGCAGCGAGGCCCUGUGAAAGCAAGUUUCCCAGACCGAUAUAAAACAAUAGCAUCCGAGCCUGCCUCCCAGGGAAGGGGGGAUCUUUUGCAGCCAGAGGGCUGCAUUUAACCUAAGCAACCUUGAAGGGCAGGGGCAUGCCAGAGGUGGGCAGGGCCAGAUGCAAAAGUGGGUGGAGCAAUGGCUGCAACUCUUACAGCUGCCUGCAUUCCGGCCCCCCAAGAGUCGGAAGUUUAAUAGAAUCAUAUAAUAGCUGGAAGGGGCCUACAAGGCCAUCCAGUCCAACCCCCUGGUCAACGCAGGAAUCCAAACGAAAGCAUUCCUGACAGAUGGCUCUCCAGCUGCCUCUUGAAGGUCUCCAGUGUCGGAAAGCCCACCACCUCCCUAGCUAAUUGGGUCCAUUGUCCUAUGGAGCUUCAGUUGAAAUCUGGCUUCCUGCAACUUGACGGUUUCCGCACCGUCCUUUCUCGCGCCCCUCACCACCCAGGCCGAAGGCAAGAGGCACCAUCCCAGUUCAGGUGCACGGUCCAGCCGCACAAAAUAAAAGCACUGCAGCAGCAGGAGGGGCGUGGCCUGGGGAGAGAGUUCCGCGGGCCGGACAGAGAGGCCUAGCGGGCUGCAUUUGGCCCUCGCGCCUGAACUGAUCCAGUGGGCCAAUCAGCCCCCGAAUGUGACGGGGCCGGAGAACAAAAGAGAAAGCAUGGGGGGGGAGUCGGAGGCAGCGGCGCAGGCCCAAACGUUGGGUAAGGGAGGUGCCACGUGCCGUCUUCUCCCCCCCCCAUCCCCACUCCUUCCUUUCUGCACAAUGCAUUAACCUCCUGGCGGCCAGGUUGCCCUGGAAACCAAUGGCGGGUGGAGCGAUGGGGGGGUCUGUGCCCCUAGUGUCGCCCCCCCGCGUGGCGUCCGCCUGCGUGUCAAGCGCAAACGUCUGAAAGGAGCCUUCACGUGUCCAGGCUUGAAGCGCCUCCCCAACGCUUCAGGCUCCCUCGCUGCCCGGGUGGGUGGAGGCGGCAGAAGGGCGGACGGAGCCGCCCGAAGCGAAGGAGCCGCCUCGGUGCCCCGUACGUGCCGAGACUCCCGGGCAGAGGGGAAAGGGCGAGGCUCCUGCUCCCCCGGGAGGAGCUCGUGCUGGCUCGACACGCCUUUGCUGCUGUUUGCAAGGCUUGCGCGGAGGCUCAGCCGGGAGAGCUGCGCGGGCGCGCAUCAGUCAGAACAGACCUGAUAAGAUGGAAUCUGCAGGAGGCCCUCACCUGCAGAGCGCAGGGAUUGACUGUGUAUAUAAGGGGAAGCCAGGCAAAGAAUUGUUGCCUUGUGCCACCGACCCUCGCCUGCACCCGCACCAGGGUAAGAGCCUCUUUGCACUGUGCAAAUAGCAGUAUUUUGGCUGGGAAACACCUGACGGAAGACAUCUCCCACCCACCUCCAAAAAGUGGGCAACAACUCUUUGAAGAAGGAAAGCAAGAGUUUGGAUACUUGCUGCAGGAUACAUUAAACGCCAUGUAGUUUUGAAGGAGGUUGAGUGUGGAUUAGGGACAAGCAAGGUCAAGUGAGAAAGCUUGAAGACUAGAAAUACCAGCAGCAUCCAGAAAAGAAACCCUUCACUUCCAGGGAAAGCAGAGGGGUAAGGGACAAAAGAUUAUUGCAGCUCCAGGAAAGGAAGGAUGCAGACCUCCCCAGAGAGGAUAAUGGAGGCCCAUCCUACCUCAUCUUGCGAGGCUUCAACAGCAGAUGAUGUGACAAGGAACAACCUGAUUUCAAAGCCUUCUCCAAGGUUUGGGGGGUCAACGUGCAAACCUGAAGCUGGAGAACAGUGUCUUUCUGGAAGAGUUUUCUUAAAGAGGAGGUGUCCAUUCUGGCGUAAAAGGAAAGGGACUGCAAAUCCCCCCCAGGGGCAGGAGGCCCCCAAGAGCCAUCUGUGUGUGGAGGAUACCCACGAAGGCCCCAUUCAGGCUGUCAGAAAGCCAGCCACAUGGGAAGACACUAGAGGUUUGGCCUCAGAUGAGGAGUCCGUGCAAGGGAGAACAGGCACCUCUCUACUCAGGAAACUGUUAUGCCUGAAGGCUACUUCCUCUAGGCUUCAGAAACCGCCCCACAACCCAGAGGCCUCUCCUGUUCACAGAGCAAGUGUGAGAUGUGGGCCUGUUGCUGCCCUCAGCAGAACAGCAGACCCUCCAGGGGAGUCUCCGCUCAGAUGGAAGCCCGGAACAGAAGUCCAGAGCCCGGCAGACGCUACCUCAGUCCCAGAGACUGCAGCAGGGGCGUCAGACACAGUUGAUAGGCUAGUUGGAUUGUGGAUGGCAAAGCCAUGGAGGGCCUUCAGGGCGAUGAUGGCCUCCAGAGCCAAGAAAAGGUCAGCUCUCCCAGAGGAUGAGAGAAGUCACAGAGGGGUGGGAGAAAGCGAUCUUUGCCCCUCUGCACAGCCGGAAACCUCUCCCGUCACCAGGGUGGAGAAAGCCCUCAGAGAACCUCCAGGCAGCUUUGGAGCUCUUGAAGACCAAAACCCACCGUCCACAUUUCCAUCUAGCAUGGAUGAAACAUACGGCGCCGAAGAGGUUGAUGAAGGUGGCUGCAGAAGCUCGUGGCAUGGGAUGGGGAUCCACGGACAGGCCGGAGAUGACAUCUCCGAUCUCGUUACUGAACGGGAAGUCAAUGAGAUAUGCAGCUUCCUGAGUGAGGGAAGCGGCCUUCGGGAAGAGAAUCCAGCCCCAAAGAUCAUUUCUGAAUGGGAGGGUCUCCGAAGAGGGGCUUUUGAUCUCCCUGGGGGAAAUGGGGUAAAGGCAGAAGAAACUGCAAUGGAAGAUGAAGGCCCUGUGCAGGGGGACUGGGGGUCCUGGGUAGAGAUAUCGGGUGGGGAGGACCAGGAUCUUGCUGAUCUUGCCGAGAAUCCAGGUGGGCAGGGCAUGGUGAUGGCGACAAGGGAUCUGGGCUGGUUGAACAGUGAGCUUCUGGGGGGGCCAGUGGUUGGGCUGGGUGGACAGAAGUCAGAGGGGGGAAUAGAUGCUUCCACCGGGAGCUAUCCUGAGACCCAACGGGCUGAAGGAGAGCAUAUGUCUGUGGGAGAUAGGGACACCGAGACCAAGCCUGGCCUGCAUCUGACCACUGCCAUGACCGAAAGAGGUAGCUGCUUACUUCCACUACGGCUCUUGCAAACCGACAGAAGCAACGUUGUCAAGUCAGCCCUGUACGAUCCUUCUGGGGCCCGGUUCCCUGGCUUUCUGCAGGACCCAUUAAAGCCCCUGGAGUCACCUUCCUCUUUUGCACCCAGGGGCUCAGAGCAAGGCAUUCAGGAGGGACUGCCAACAUCAGCAUCCCAGCAGGAUCUCGCUGCGGACGCAGAAGCCUGCCGGCAGCAAGGAAGCCCCACAGGGAGGCUGCCGUUGCCUCCUGAGGAGACGGAGGAAGCCACAGCAUGGCUGGAGGCCGCAGGGCCGGAAGCAGAGCAGGACAAGCGGCUGAUCUACCUGGCUGCGGUGGAAAUAGUGGGCACUGCCAUCAAUAAGGCGGCAGAGCAGCUGGGCAAGGUGGCAGAGCAGGAGCAAGGAGAGCUGGGGUCCAGGAAACAAGUUCCUUGAGGUCCCCCCGUUCCUGGGCCUGCCAUAGCAGAGAUCCUUUAAAGCAGCCUUUGCCAACUUGGUGCCCUCCUGACGUUUUGGACUACAACUCCCAUCAGCCCCAGCUAGGCUUUAUUGCUAGGUUCCGGGGGUAGGGGGAGGCCCUGACCUCAAUUUUCCUGCAGGCUUCACCAAUCUCCUCUUCAUUGCCAUGCAUCUUAUGGCAUCCCCUGCUUUUUUUGUUUUUUAAAAAAAUCUUUCAUUUAAGAGUCAGGGUGGUGGGAGAUAAGAGCAACACUAGCAAAAUGUCAUUAAACCCGUCCCUGGUUCUGGGACAUUUUUGUUGGGUCUUUAAUCAUGUUUGUACAGCACCCCAUUGCAGGGUUGGUUUUUGGAACAUGGGAAGCUUAUACUGAGUUAGUCCAUUGGGUCUAUCCAGCUCAACACCGCCUACACUGGCUGGCAGUGGCUCUCCAGGAUUUUUCAGGCAGGAAGUCUUUCCAGCUCAACCUGGAGAUGGUGCUAAGGAUUGAACAUGGGACCUUUUGCAUGCAAAGCACGCUACAGCCCUUCCUCAGAACUGGGUGCAUGUUGCAACUCAGUGGUGGAAAGCUCAGAACAUCACAUUGGACUCUGUAUAGGUUUCUGACCAUUUCUGCUGUCGUGUUUGUUGAGUUUUUUAAAAAGUGGUUUCCUAUUGAUUAUAUUUCUAUUCCACCCUUCUUCUCCAAGGAGCCCAGAGCAGCAAACAACAGCCUUACGGGCUACAAACAUACUUUUGAAAGUAUCAAAAGCCAGACAGGUGGCAGACAAGGGAGUUGGUGAGCAGGGGAGGGGGCCACAGUGGUCUCUGCCCCCUCCCACUAGCAAAACUAGAAUCACUGAGCCCCAAACAGCCAGCAAUUGCAAACUAAAUUAUGCAAAAGGAGACUCCGUCCACUUGUACUGUUUGUGCGGUUUAUACACGUUUUGGUGUACAAAUUGAAUACCUCCCAUGCCUCCCCCCCCCAAAAAAAAAACCUAUUCUCUGCACAUAGGAAACUAAGGUGGUCACAAUCCACCCGGGGAAUCUGAAUGCUCUUCAAAGCAAAGGUGUGAGUCCCGCUUACAGUUUAUUACUGCCCAGAAACAUGGUUCCCUCCUCAUCUGCCUUUUGCAGGCACUACGCCAUGCUAAACCAUAGUUGGGAUGAUCAGAGUAAGUUGCAACAAGCCUUGGGUUCACAUGCUCCCCUUCCCCUCUCUCGCUGCACAGCUGCCAGGAAUUUGGAAGCUUCCAUUAACUGCCAUUUAGGGAUGGGGGAGGCAACAUGGUAUCUUUCAUCUGCUGCUGGGACGCCAUCUCCCAUCUCUGCCUAUUGGUCAUGCUGGCUGAGGCUGAUGGGAACUGUAGUGUCAAGGGCACUUCCCUACAGACUCUCUUGGGUGUGGAGAUCAGCAGAGGGGGCCCUUUUGGUAGUUCCACCACCCUAGGAAGUUUGGAGUGGGGGUGGCCCAGGAGAGGGCCUUCUCUGUGGCAGCCCCUAAGCUGUGGAACUCCCCACCGAGGUGCAACCGGCAACGUCACUGUACAACUUUUGGCGAAUGCCGAAGACACACCUCUUUACCCUGCCCUUCGACCGCUGAGAUGCAUAUUUUUAGGACCCACCCUGUUUUCUGUGAUGUUGCUUAGGUGGUUUUUAACUGUUUUUAAUCAUGUGUUUUAAAAUUGGUGGAGCCUGCCGUAGGACCUCUGGGUGAAGGGUGGGUAAUAAAUUCUAAUAAUAAUAAUAGAACUGACCACAGGCUCUGUGGGUAAACCCUGGCUGAACUAUAACCCAAGAGGUGACACAGGAAGUGGUCCGAGUGUUUGGCAUUCACGGCAGGGUCUCAGCCAGUAGCCUCUCCCCCUUUACCUGAGCCUUCUUUCCUUUAGAUGCCGAAAACUGAACCCGGAACCUCUGGCAUGCAGAGCAGGUGCUUCCCCCAUGAGCCACACCCCCUCCUCCCCAAACAUCAUGGGACAAAAUACAUGCAUAAGAAUUAGGGGGUGCAAUUUUUUUUAAUAUUACUGCAUAAAAGACACAGCUUUCCCUUCC